AUGCCCAAAAAAGGUUUCACAUCCGGGGGCUACGAGCCGACGUACGUCGGGACGCAGGCGCAGCGACGUGGGCUGGGCACGGGCGCGGCGGUGGGGCUGGGCGUGGGCGCGCUGGCGGCGGGCGGGCUCGCCGGCUACGCGCUGGGCGGCGGCUUCAGUGCGGACAGUCCGACCCACGACGAGGUCCAGGUGGAGUCCUUUUCGGAGAGCGUGGACUUUGGCGGCGACGACUGGAUGGAUUAA